GUUGAAGAUGGCCGUAGCGGCAGGGGGUGGUCGUGCCUGUUCGUUCCCGCCAGCUGAGGUGGAAGCUGUGGCUGCGGACUGGAUGCUGGAUUUCGCCUGCUACUGCCUGUGCCGGCACUUCGUAGAGGAGUGCACAGCGGAGUUCCGGCGGUGGAGAGGCGUGGCGCAGGCUCUUAUUAAUGGCCUCUCCAAAAUACCUACGCAUCAGAAAAAACCCGUGUAUCUCUGUCAGCUUUUGAUAAGAAUUGCAAAUGGAAAAAAACUUGAAUGCCAUUUUGAAAAUGAUCAAAGAAUUUCACCUUUGGAAUCUGCUUUGUCUUUCUGGACUUUACUUGAAAGGGAGGAAAUUAAGCUGGAAAAGCUUCACGAAGAUAUUCGUUGCUUGAUUCAAAUUCAGACUGUAGCAGUCCAUAUGGAAAACGGAUAUUUCAAGGAGGCUGCUGAAGUUCUUGAAAGGCUGUUUACAGACUCAGAAUCAAAUAAGCCUUUAAGGAUGAAGUUGGCAACCAUAAUUAAAAGCAAGGAUCCAUAUGUUCCCCUUCUCGAAAACUUCAAUUACAAUCUUUUGAUAAGUAAAAUCAAGUCUUAUGUUGAACUUUUCAUGAAAGAAAAUGAAACUAACUUCUUAAUACAGGCAGCCAUAAAACAGGUAGAGUCUAAAGGAUUGGGAGCAACAGCAUUGCAAAACAAAGCUGUGAAUGUUGAUGAAAAUGACGAAAGUAACUUGGAAACAAAACAAAGAUUAAUGAAAAAGCAACAGAGUAUUACAAAUCAGUCACCUGGAGACAUAAACACCACAGCAAGGCCUCAUUCACAACAGAAACACAGAGCGAGCAAUGUUCUUCAAAGUCUGAACAACUUGCAAAAUGUGGAAAAACACGGAGACGCUUUGGCUUCUGGCCGAAGACGACAGCGAUGGACUUCCAAAGAAGACUUGGAACUGAAAUCAGGAAUAAGGGAGUUUGGAGUGGGUAACUGGGCUAAAAUUUUGGUCCAUGGUGACUUCAACAACCGAACUAGUGUCAUGUUAAAAGACCGGUGGAGAACACUAUGCAGGCUCAAACAAGACUAAUUCGGACUACAGGAAUCAACUCUUCUUGACCUUUCCCUACAUAAGGACCUAGUCUCUCUUUUCAGAAUAACAACUUACUUUAGUCUGAGUGUGUCCAGCAGCAUUGCUGUCCUAAAACAUGAAACAGAAAAGUAAUAAGGUAUAAAGGUUCAUGUAAGCUCACUUGCUUGGUUAAUGAUGACUUAAAUGUAAAGCCUGGCCUUUCAUCUACAGGCAAUAGAUGACCUAAUUUCCGAAAUGUGGAAAUGCUUGCAGUGAUUUAAGAAAGAUCAAUUAUGUACAUGGGGGUAUUAAAUGACUGGCAACAUGUUUAGCUUGAUAGAGGCUAAUACAGAGUUAAGUGUUCUGUAUUUUUAAAGGGUUGCAUGUCUAGUCAGAUAGAGCUUUCUAUCACUUUACUUGUUGCCAUAUAACCCAUUCUGAUCUGAUUUGCUUCACAUUGAAAUUUUGGUCAGACUUGUCAUCUCAGUCAGUAAGUUAUACCAAAAAAUACAUAUAUAUUGGUAUUAAUAAUUUUACAAACUUUUUUCCUUUUUUUUGCAGUUACAACUGUGAUACUCCCUUUAAUUGUACAUUUAUAAGUAGUAACGGUGAUGCUUUUUUUUAAAGUAUUAAGCUUAAGUUCUAGAUGGAGGAUUAUUUUGAAGUCAUGCGUAUUGGCAUAAUAGCACUUUUUAUCUCACAGAAGAGAUGGAAAACAUAUGAAAAGUAACAGUAUGAUACUAGCUCUUAACAUCUCUUAUCUUGUGCUACCUGCCUUGUCUUGAGAAGUGGUUGCUUCUAGACUAGCAGGAAAGGGAAAGCUCAAAAAGGAAUGUCCUGCUCAUGAGAGACUGUAGCAGACAACCUCAGGAAAACCCGUACUUUGCACUGUCAUACUGGUGACUUAAACUUAUCACAGCAUUCUUUUAAAAGUGAAAUCUCUUCAAUUCAGAUGUUUUCUGUACCUUUGUCCUUGGAUAAGGUUUUUCUUUUACAAGAACCUUACAAAGAAGAGCAUCUGACCAAACUGGUCUCCGAGAUGUUUUUCCUGACUACAAAGGAAGAGAGAUAGUCUUGAAGGCUAAAAUGGCCAGGAAGUAUUAAGAUAAUCUCUCUGCUUUCUGUGUUGGAGGCCUGCUUGCAUUAAAAUAAAAUGGUAAAGUACAGUUACAAAGGUUUCACACUCUUACUGUGGACAGGACCUCAGGCAGAUUGCCACCUUCAUUCUUGCCACCAGAUGCUACAGUUUCUUCUUGCAGCUGCUAGAAACAGUGGCAAGCAGUAGUCUUUAGGUUCCACAGAGAUGUUGCAUGUCUUAACAGUAAAUUUUGUGAACUUUAAGGUGUAAUUUCUUUUUAGCAAACAUUGUGAAUUUCAGGAUCUUGAUAAAAUACAGGCUUUGUCCUUCAGCAAGGAAUGCUAGAGCCGCUGUAAGCCAACAAUUCAAAAAAGAGUCAGAGCAGGUAUCUGACAAGUGAGGAAGUGCAGUGUGCAGCCUCUUUAAUGCGGUAACAAUAAUAUGAGGUAAGUAAUAGGUAACAAAACAAGCAUUUGAGCUACCUGCAUAGCAGUCUUGCCAGUUGCUCUAAUAUUAUGGGUUUCUAUGUUAAUCAUUGAACAUUGAGCAGGUUUUUUUUAAUGUUAGCCAAGGCUUUAGUCACAAAGUCGUUUAGGUUCAUCUGCCAUAAAGUUGACACUGCGUAUCAGUGAUGUGAAGUUCUGAGCAAAACUAUUUCCUCAACAAUGCUGACUAGUCAUGUCUUUAUGAAAAGUGGCUGAGCAUGAAAAAUGCAAUGUAAAGGAAGAAUACUUAUCCACUUGUAGUAUAAACAGCUGUCCAGAUGAUAUUGGGAAGGAACAAAGGAUCUAAACCCAAAUCCAGUUCUAGCUCUCAAACUUUUAUUUUUAUUCACCCUUACUAUUUAACUAUGCUCAGAUGUGAGAGUGGCUGGCUCACUACUGAGUAGGAGCAGUGCCUGUAAACAGGACUGUGGCCAGUAAAGAACGAGAACUUUAGGAAAAGCAGCUACUAUGGUUAGAAACAUUAGCUCUUUAAUUACAAAAGAUAAACAUGGAAAUAUUAUUCUAGUGUUCUAAUACAAAGAUCAGUCUUAGUGUU